AUGGUUAAAGGAAGUAUUUGUAGAGAUGUUGAAUUAAAAAAUAAUAAAGAAAAUUUAGAAGAGUUUAAAGAAAUCAAGGAAGAAAAUAAUAAUUCAAAAAAUAAGAAAAAAUCUAAGAAGAACAAAGGAAAAAAUGUGGAGGUGAAGGAAAAUGUAGUUGAAUUAAAUGAAGAUAAAAAUAUAGUUAAUAUUGAGGGGGAGGAAGUGGGGAAUAAGAACGAAGAAAAUAAUAUGGAAGAGGAUAAUAAGGUAAAAAUCGAACAUUUAGAAGAUAAGAGGGCACAAAGGAAUAAUGAAGAGAAAAGCAUUGAAGAAAAAGAAGAGAAGAAUGGAGGAAAUAUUAAAGAGAAGAAAAAUGAAGAAGAAGGUAAGAAGAUUGAAGUGAAUAAGGAAGAAAAGAAGACUAAUGAAGAGGACAGUAAGAUUCGAGUGAAUAAUGAAAUGAAAAAAAAUGGCGAAGAAAAAGAGCGAAGAAAGACUUGUAGGAAUAAUGAAGAGAAGAAGGAAGAAGAAAAGAAGACUGAAGAGAAUGAUGAAGCCAACACUCUCAAGACGAAUGGCCGAAAUAAGAAAAACAAUAGGAAAAAUAAAUCUAGGAAAAUAAAGUCAAAUAAUUUGAAAAAGAUAGAGGAUAAGGAAAAUGAACCAGAUAAUAAAAUCAAGGAAAAGUAAGUAGUAUC